AUGACGAACGUGCUGCUGCGCGUGCUCCCCAUGCGGUACGUGGUGGUGUCGAUAGCGUUUUUCGGCUUCGUCAUCAACUACAUGCUGCGCAACAACCUGAACCUGGCGAUCGUGGCCAUGGUGAACCACACGGCUGUCAAUUCUUCAGGCGCCGCCGGCAGCCAGACAGAUGGCCCGUUCGUCUGGGACGAGAAGAUCGUCGCCCUGAUCCUGGGCAGCUUCUACUACGGCUACAUCUGCACGCAGGUGGUGGGCGGGCGCUGCGCUGAGAUAUCCAGCGUCAAGUACAUCUACGGCUUGUCGCUGCUGACGGCCGGCUGCUUGACCUUCCUCAUCCCGACCGUCUCCUAUUGGGACUACCGUGCGCUGGUGGCCAUCCGGAUCAGCAUGGGCUUUGUGCUGGGCGUGGGCUUCCCCUCUGGAUACGCCCUGCUGCGUGCGUGGGCGCCACCCAACGAGCGCAGCACCGUCGUGUCGCUGGCCAUCAGCGCGUCUAACAUCGGCACCGCCAUCACCAUGCCGCUGGCGUCAGCCAUCAUAAAUGCCAUCAGUUGGGAGGCCGUGUUCUACAUUCAGGGAUCGUUUGCGCUCGUGUGGUUCGUCUUCUGGCUGCUGCUCGUCUACAACGGGCCGGAGGAGCACCCUUUCAUCACCGCCGAGGAGCGCGACUUCAUCAUGACGGCGAUCGGCAGCGAACGCUCCACGCGUCGUCUGCCGCUGCCGUGGAAGGAGAUACUGACGUCCCCGCCGGUCUGGUCGCUGGUUGUCGCCAACUUCUGCAACAACUGGGGCUAUUACACCUUACUCAACGACCUGCCGCAGUACUUCAGCAACGUCCUCGGCAAGGACAUCUCGUCCAACGCCAUCUUCACCUCGCUGCCGUUCCUCGUCACCUUCAUCUUUGCGAUGGCGUACGGUGCUUUCAGCGACUACCUGCGCAAAAACAACCUGAUGAGCAUCAACAACAUCCGUCGCAUGGCGCAGUUCGUGUCACAGACAGUAGUGGCAGUAACGCUGGUCUGCAUCGCCUUUCUCGGCGAGCACGAAACCCUCGUCGAGGUCCUGCUGUUCAUCGGAAUCGGACUGAUCGGCGCCGGCUACACGGGCUGGCAAAGUGUGCCGGUGGACAUGGCGCCCAACUACUCUGGCACGCUGGUCGGCAUCUCCAAUACCUUCGGCAGCAUUCCGGGCUUCCUGGCGCCGCUGGUGGUGGGUGCGCUGACCGAGGGCCACGAGACGUUGGACCGCUGGCGCUACUGCUUCCUGCUACCCGCCGCCUUCAUGGUCUUCGACACGAUCAUCUUCUUCGUGUUCGGCAGCUCAGAGGAGCAGGCGUGGAACAGAAAGUAUUACAAUACCGAGGAUGAAGACAACAAGGCGGGAGGAAGGGAUUCUGUGAAUCUCGAGGGACUCGAGAAGGGGUCUCUGGAUGGGGUGACGAAGAAGGGGUCGCUGGUGAAGGAGCUGGAAAAGAAGAACAGCAGUUCGGAGGAAGCGUUUGGCAUUGAUAACGCCGGUUUCGUUUCACCCCCUAAUGAACACAAGGGUGAAAAUUCUGCGCAAGGCCAAUGA